UUCGAUGUGAUCAUUCAAAUAAGUAGUUUUCUGCGAUUUGUUCUAGAGUAAAGUCAUGGGUCUCCUGUUAGCGCUGAUUUUGGGAUCAAUUGUAUACGCUAAAUUUAUUCAUAAAGCGAUUUUUAUUAGUUUUCCUUUGCACAAUGCCAACGAGUAUGAAAACUUUACAACUGAACUGCAGGAGAGGCUUCCGGAGUUCCGUGUGUAUAGCGGAUUUUUUAAACCGUUGAUUCCCUUGAAAAUUUGUGGGGUCCUUCUCGGCUUUUGCUGCUUACAAUUCAGUUUCACGAGAUUGAUUACAAUGCUUUGUAGCAUUAUCCCCCUUGCAGCAAAGAUGCGGGCUGCUCUUUUACCCGUUUGUUUAAUUUUGGCUCUCAUUUUAUUGCGCAUAAUACAGCUGAACGAUUUUGAAAUAACUUUGGAUGGUCGCACUAUAUACUUAAGUGAGAAUUCUCAAGAGAUUCCAAGUGUAGAUUAUUUGGCGAAUCUUAUUCCAAAGAAAAGUCGCGAAUUAACCUUGCCAGGGACUCUUUAUGUUUCGGCACCAUUUGCUAUUGUAUAUCUCUUAAAGCGCCGCUUCAUUGGUUAAAAAAAAAAACAGAAAACUAAAUAAAGAACGUAUAAUAACUAUUACAUUA